GGGACGGCGCAGGAGGCCCGGCAGGAGCGGUACCGGCUGGGAUCGCUGCUGGAGCGGGGCGGCUUCGGCAUAGUCUUUGCAGCCAUGCGGCUCUCGGACGGCUCCCCGGUGGCCAUCAAAAGGGUGCCACGGAACCGCGUCCGGCACUGUGGCGAGCUGCCCGACGGCACCAGCGCACCCCUAGAGAUCGUGCUGCUGGCCAAGGUGUCCACUGGCUUCCCCGGUGUGGUCCAGCUGCUGGAGUGGCUCGAGCUCCCCAGCUGCAUCGUGAUGGUGCUGGAGCGGCCAGAGCAGUGUCAGGACCUGCAGCGUUUCAUUCGGGCACGGUGGUUCCUGCCCGAGGAGGUGGCGCGGGAGCUGUUCCGCCAGGUGCUGGAGGCCGUGUGGCACUGCACCAGCUGCAGGGUCCUGCACAGGGACAUCAAGCCAGAGAACAUCCUGGUUGACCUGGACACCGGGCAGGCCAAACUGAUUGACUUUGGCUAUGGCACCUACCUGCAGGACACAGUCUACACUCACUUUGCAGGAACACUGUCGUACAGCCCCCCGGAAUGGAACGACUUUGGCUGGUACCAUGGCGAGGCAGCAACAGUCUGGUCCCUGGGCAUCCUGCUGCACCAGAUGGUCUGCGGGGAGCACCCUUUCAGGAGGGGCCAGAACCUCAGCUGGGGCCAGCUCCCACUGCCACAAAGGCUCUCUCAAGAGUGCAAAAACCUGAUCAGGUGGUGUUUAUCUGUGAACUCCUUGGACAGACCCACACUGGAAGAC